AUGAGACUGAAAGACGCGCGCGCAGCAAAGAACAGAAUGACUAGCCCAAGAAGGAAAAAAAAAAAAAAAGAAGAAAUCCUCUUUGAAUACAUACGGAAAAGCAACUCGCAGGCUGUUCAUCUUUUGAACUGCAUAUGGAUGUACUGCUUUUAUAAGAACAUAAAAACGUUAACAAAAAAUGUUCGAGAGUUACAGAAUGGAAAAGGCAACAGCCCCCGUCUAGUAAAGUACCUUUUGACCCUGCGCAUAAACAUAGACGAUGCGUAUGAUUACUUCCAGGGCAUCUUAUCCACCGCAUUAAAAAUAUAUGGCGAGAAAAAAGACGAAUAUAUCUCACAUAUGAACAACGUGGUGGGUAGACAAAACGACCACUCCGGACAUGCACCCCUGAGUAAUGUGUACAGCGGAGAUAUACAUUUGAAGGACCUUCCCUUUGGGGAACACUCCUACGUGAACAACCUUAUCGACAUUUUCUACGCCAAGCUCAGUGACCGAAAUGGCGACCAACGUGAUGGCGAAAUAAGGGGCGUUCUGGCCGACCUGCACAGCGGUCUAGAAAUCGCUCGCAUCUGCAUCAGCAAUCUUUUCAAAAUUCUGGGCGAUCUGCACAGAUAUAAGUGUCACUUCUUUGAGGAAAACAAAAAAAAAAAUGAAAUGAAAGCGUGCUUGAAUUAUUACAAGGCACUGAGUUAUUAUAGGUACAGUGGGCACCUGUUCAAUCAGCUGACCCUGCUGUAUAUGGGGGGCAACCCGAUAGAGUGCCUGUUUUUCUACUUCCUUUCGUUAAUAGCUGUUAAGCCUGCUCCGAAUAGGGACUCCCUUGUUAUGUACAUGGAGAGCAUCCUCAGCGGGGGAAAGGGCCUGGCCAAUUUGUUAGCGCGCCUGCGGGAGGGCUCCUCCCGAAGUGGCGAACGGAGGAAGCAAGGAGGAAGUGUCGACGUCGGUAGUGCGGUGUGCACGCCCUGCGACGGCGAAACGUCCUGCAAACUAGGGAGGGGCAUAUUUUACAUCAAAAAUAAAGAAAGGCAUCUUUUGCCCUCCGUAAAAGGCAGUGAGAAGGGGGUAAAGAACACCAUCUACUACCAGAAGGACAAACAUUACAACAAAGUGAAACACCAAGUUAGGGAAAAACACACAGAGAAAAAGAAGGAAGGAAGUUCCAACAAUGGUCAUGGAAGCACCAAGGAAAAAGCAGCCGAGAAAGAAUUCAACGAAGCCCUUUUUAACUUCUACAUGAGCUACUUCAAAAUUGUGAAGUUACUAUUCUCCAAAAUUGAUAUGAACAAAUUUGAAAAAAAAAAAAAUAAAUUUAUUUACUACAUGAAUAGAUACAUAAAGCUGCAGUACUACAGUAGGAGAGAAGACACCCUGAUGCUCAGGAAUAUCAUCCUCAUUAUUUUUACGCUUCUAAGUUUGGUUAUAUAUGUUAUCAGAAACCAAAAUGAGCAGGGGAAGAAGAACCCAAGGGGCUUCCUUUUCUAUAGGAAUGUAAACGUCUCCAAGUACGUAUACAAAAAUGAGCAGAUUUACUUUUCCUUCCUUUUGAUUCACGAGCUGUUACUGUCAUGUGAAGAAAUCUACACAAACUUCUUCCCCAGCUACUUGUCCGUUUUUAUAUACACACUUUACUGGUUCCGAAAUGAGCCUAGUGUUUGGGACGUUCACUUGGGUAAUUGCACCGAGGAGGACAACCGAGAGAGGGAUCACCUAGUGAAGCAGUACCAUGAGGAUUAUCGCGGGAAGAGCGUCUACGGGAGGAGGCAUCCCUGGGGGGGAAGGAAAUGUGAACAACUUAUUGCUCAACAGAACAGUUACAACCAGGUAGUGGAGGACCCCUGUGACGAUCCCGAAUUUGCUCACAACAAGGACAUAAUAAAAAGAAUCAAAGAUUUAUUAAUGAGCAUAAAGGUGAGGGAGGAAAUGCCCCUGAAUGAUAAUUCACUGCUACGCUACAAAGUGAGGGAAGAUUUUUACAUCUAUCCUUUUUUGAGUGGACUGCAGUUUAGCAGUUUGGAUGGAGGAGGAAAUCAUUCCAGUGAGAGUAUUGGCGAGGUGGCUUCCUCACAAUGGAGCAGCCUGGCCAACGUGGUUUACCCACACUUCGUCCCCAACCAAGUCGAUAUAAAGUGUAGUCAACUGUCCUUCCAACGGGGCAACCACCGGGGGGUUAGCCAUCACACUAAUUUCGACGACUCAAAUGAGGAAGAUGUAGUUCUUCUGAAGAACCCAUUAUUUGUGAAGACUAGCAGCGUGUGUAUGAACGGGGAGAUGGUAGACCUGAAGGAUGAUGCAGACAAGGGGCUAAACUGCUACAAUGAUUUGUACGAUCUGUGCGCCAUCAGUGGAAAUAAUGUGCAUUCAUCCGAACGGGAGGGUGUAUAUAAUCAGAAGGGGCACACAGAUGAUAGUGCCUCUUCAGCGAAUUCUAGCGAGGGAAUGAACACCUCCCGCCCGCACAGCGAUGACGGGGUCUCAUUGAAUGCACACAGAAUGCUACACCCGGAGGAAUUCUAUAAAAGAGGUCACUACAUUGCGGCAGUAGAGGACAUCCCAAAUGAUGAGCAACUGGAGGAGGUAGCAAACCGCGUUCGAAUUAUGCGCUUUAGGUCGCUCACCCAGGGUUGGUUAAAGGAAAACGGCAAGCAAAGUAUGCAAGUCCGUAACGUUUGCAAAAAAUAUUUGGCUGCUCAAACUAGGGAGGAGAUACACCAGGGUAAUUGCCCCAAUGCGGACGGCAUAGCAGAAAUGCCUCAGGUGGCAUGCGUUGCAUCUCCUGAAAAAGGAAGCCAAGAGUACACCACGCCCAUCGUCGCAGAAGUCUGCAAAAACGAAAUGAGCUGCACCAUGAGCCGAAGCGAUGAUGACAACAAAACGAGCAACGUCUUGAGUGAGCACCAAAACGGAGUGCAAGACAAGAGCGACCGCAGUGGCAGUUACAAAGUCUAUCCAAAUAUUGAUGGUGGGAUAAAUCAGAACGAUUAUUUUAACUAUUCCGUUUUGGAGAGCUUCCGUCAGGUUAGGGGUGAUGCUUUAGGGUGCAUGCCAAACUGUAAUGUAGAGAACGACCACAGUUGCAAAAAUGUCGUGGGUGGGAAAUUCAAUUCGUCUAGCGAGAUGACCAAGGGAAGUGACAAGGCCAGCUUGGAUGCCAGUUUGGAAGACAUGUCCUAUGCGAGUUCUGCAGCCGAGGAAAAGUCCAUUCUAGACGACAUGGCCGAAUUGGUCAGGAUUCCUUUCCAAGCAAACCACCUUCAUAACGGGGAAGGUCAAACGCAGGCACCGAUGGUAAACACGCUAGGGGGUGAAGUCCAGGCGGAGAAAAUAACCCUUGCCACGUGUAAGAGGGAUAGCAGCCCGUCUGGAUAUAACAAUGAGCAGCCCCACCAUAUGCGCAACGGGACAGUGUGGAUAGAAGAGGGAAACUCGACACUCCAAAAAAUGGUAAUCCUUGAUGGAAAGAACAUUGGCACGAGAUACCAGGACAAUUACAAAAAGUAUUUCGACCCAUUUAGAAUAAAAGUGGUGCUAGAUUAUUACAAAAUUAGGAAGUAUGAAGUGAAGAUAGUCAUUCCAGAAGAGUACGUAAUGCACGAGAGGGAUGAUCACCUAGACAAGAAAAUCCCCAACAGGGGUUACUACCACCUGCAGGUGCACAACAGUAGCGAAGUCCCAGACUUUAUUCUCACGGGGAAUGAUUUGCUCUUUUUUCAGAACCUUCACAUUUUAGGGUGUUUAAUUAUACAUCCCUUGGAAAGUUACUACGCCUUUUGCGUCCACCUUGUGCAGAGGUGGAACUCUUGUUUUGUAACGAACGUGACUCUUUCCGAACUGAAUAUGAAGGUGCGCGAAUUCGAUAAACCUCCCCUGAAGAAUAUCGGGGCGCACUUCAUAUCGUACACCUUUCUAGGAGAUGAAUUUCUCCCCAACCCGACCUUUCGCUGGCCAACCAUCUAUCGCCAGGCCCUACUGAAGUCCACUGUAAAUGAAUGA